CACCUAGCCAAGACUGACUGCGUAAGAUUGCGUGCUUCCUGUUAGCGAACGGAAGCUGGGAACUCAGGCUGCAGAAACUGACUGAUUAGAGGAGUGAAUUUGUAAUUAUUUUAACAAGUGUUUUAUUUAAAAACGUCAUGGAGCUGUGCGAAAUUCUCUACAACAAAGCCGAGUACAUAGAAACGGCAUCUGGUAAUAAAGUAAGCAGACAGUCGGUACUCUGUGGAAGCCAAAAUAUUGUGCUAAAUGGAAAAACUAUUGUUAUGAAUGAUUGCAUCAUUCGAGGGGACCUGGCAAAUGUCAGGGUUGGGCGUCACUGUGUAAUCAAGAGCCGAAGCGUUAUAAGACCACCGUUCAAGAAAUUCAGCAAAGGAGUUGCUUUCUUCCCUCUCCACAUUGGGGAUCAUGUGUUCAUUGGAGAAGACUGCAUUGUGAAUGCUGCACAGAUAGGGUCGUACGUCCAUAUAGGGAAGAACUGUGUUAUUGGGCGGCGGUGUGUUCUUAAAGAUUGCUGUAAGAUUCUUGACAACACAGUCCUGCCUCCAGAGACGGUUGUCCCCCCAUUCACUAUUUUUUCUGGCUGUCCAGGUCUGUUCUCAGGAGAGCUUCCAGAGUGUACCCAGGAACUCAUGGUUGAUGUCACAAAGAGCUACUAUCAGAAGUUUUUACCACUGAGUCAGAUUUAAUACUUGCAACAAAAAAACUGGACCAAUAAAUGUUUUCUAUCUAUCUAUCUAUCUAUCUAUCUAUCUAUCUAUCUAUCUAUCUAUCUAUCAUUAUCCAAUAGUAAGGCUUUCAUGAAAUUCCACCAGGUUUCACAGCAUUGAAGCAGCUUUCCUAUUUGAGAAUUGUGCACAUUUUAUUAUGAAAUCCACAAAACAAGUCCUUCUAAUUUGCUAUUUUCAUGUAGUUAUUGGAAUGUUUUUUACUUAUUUUUUACAUUAUUAUUUUCCCUGAAUAAUACAAGGAAAAUAAUAAUGUAAACACAUCUUUUAAAUAUAACUUCUUAAUUUAUCCAAUUUUAGUGUUGUCUGUUGCAUUAAAAAAAAAAAAAAAAGUUGAAAGUUAUUUUGGCUGAAAAAGCUGCUUGGAUGUGGAACAUCCUUGCCUUGUGUGCUUUACAUUGUCUUGCAGACUAACAAUUGACAGAAGUGGAGGAAUACCUCUGUGGUACAGAAAUUGAUGGAUUCUUUGGUCAUGUAUGCAGAACACACACAAGUUUUGGCUCUGAAGACGAAUCAUUCUUUCACAGAGAGAAGAACUGCAUUAAGUGUGGAACCCGGUUCUAAACUGUCUUGUAUGUACAUCAUUAAUGUGUUAUUUCCUGCAUUGCAGGGAGGAUCACAGACCUAAUGCUCAUGCUAAUAAAUGUACGAUAUUACACAGUU